GAACGGGGUUGUCCAGUAUAGCAUAGACAGCAUCUUGUUUCGUCGGAGGUCGGACAACGACCGACCAGUAGCAAACAUGUUCGUUACAGGUGCAUUUCUCGUCGGCUCGAUAGAUGGCGCUGUUACCACAGCAACAAUGUUUGCAAGUUAUCUGGACGGCCAUUUUGAAGUUGUGGUGCGAGCUAGGGACGGCGGAGGACUGUUUGACACAAUACAGAUCAACAUUUACGUCGUCAAAAGAGAUCAAUCCGUAACCCUUAAGGUAUCGUCAAGCCACCAACCGUACGUGCCAUCAUGUGUGAGAGAUGUUUUCAAUGCAUCAAAUGCAAUGAUACAUGUCGUCGGUAUGAGACCGGACUCCAUAGACAGGGUGAAGAUUGAUGCUUACGUGGUGAAAACUGACGAAAACAUCAUCUGCAAUUCUCAAUGUGCACACAGCCUUGUUAACAGCACUCAGUUACAGUCAGGAUGCAGUGAUCUAGCAGUUGUAAAGACAUCUCAAGAAUCCACCUCCUGGACCGACCUCGCCGUUGGCCUGCCCAUCUUGAUCAUAUCCAUGGUUGGAGCUGUGCUGUUUACUGCUACCUUCACGUCACUCAUCAUCGUGUGCUGUAGGUACAGAAAAAAUCCACCCAAACGUUACCGCACAUCUUCUCUAGCGGCGGCACCGAGAAACAUCCCGACUGCCGAGCGGCUGAGGAGCGUAGAGAUCCGGGGAUCAACAAUCAGAAGGACAUGGGGGUCUCGAAGUAGACGUGGCAAGAACAGACCUAGGAUCUUUCCUCCAGAGUCAGAAAACGGUGGAGGACCAUUGGAGUUCAAAGUCCUAUCAAAAGAAGAGCAGUACGAGGAGCCUCUGUUCUCAGGCGUUGACGAGGACAUCGCCUGUUCUGUCAACGAUGUACUCAUUGAACGGAAAUGGCUGAAACUGGGGCAGGUCUUCGCAAAAGGGAAUUUCGGUCAAGUGUUGAAAGGAACACUGAAAACACAAGUUGAAGUGGCAGUGAAGACAUUGCAAGGUAGCAGACAGAACCUGAACACGUUUUUGAGGGAAGGGAUCAUGAUGAGACAGUUUAACCACAGAAACGUGCUGGGACUAGUGGGCAUCUGUCUACACCCGGGAGAGCCACCAAUGAUCAUCAUUCCCUACAUGAAAAACGGAGAUCUUCUAAACUUCAUAAGGGAUUCAGGAAAGGACAUUACGACAAAGGAUCUGAUAGACUUUGGACAGCAGAUAGCCGAAGGCAUGUCGUACCUUGGUGGCAUGAAGUAUGUGCAUCGGGAUCUGGCGGCCAGAAACUGCAUGAUUGAUGAGUACAGGAUUGUGAAAAUCGGUGACUUCGGCUUAUCCAGGGAUAUCUACGAGCAUGACUACUACACCAGCCGUGAGGGCGGGCCGGCACUGCCCGUCAAGUGGAUGGCAAUAGAGAGCCUCACUCACAAUGUCUUUAAUACCAAAACGGACGUGUGGUCGUUUGGCGUGUUGCUAUGGGAACUGAUGACGCGCGGAGUCCCUCCGUACCCGGAUGUAGACAUCUAUGACAUGGCGGACUACCUCCUGAGUGAUCGGCGCCUGCGCAAACCGGAGGAGUGUCCCACGCGAGUCUACAAGACCAUGCUGUCCUGUUGGAGCAAGGACCCGAACAGACGCCCCAGCUUUAAACAUCUCGCCAGGCUACUGGAACAAAUCAAAGUAUCGGCCACAGUCGACAAAUACGUGGACAUACUCAACAACAUGCCAGAGUCUAAAUGCUAGAAUCUGCCAAAAUCUGUGUCCGAUGACAACCAAACAUACAGGUCGACAAUGAGCUAUUUUUAAAUUAGAUUUUAGCCUUUAACUUUGGCAGAGAAGAUAAUUUCCGUUAUACCAAAUUGUUAAAGCUUUAUUUCCAGAAAUGUUGCACCGAA